AUGCCGCCGGUGAUGCCCCCGACCCCUCACAAGGAUGACCUCGAGGAAACGUGGACAUUCUUGGAGAGAGGGAUCGACAGCGUCAUGCUGAAACUGGAGGAUGGCAUCGAUAUGAAGACGUAUAUGGCUCUUUACACUGCCGUCCACAAUUUCUGCACAUCACAAAAGGCUGUAGGCAGCAGCCAAGGUCUGCAGGCACAUAGAGGGGCGCAUCUGCUCGGUGAAGAAUUGUAUAACCUUCUAGGCCAGUAUCUGACGCGCCAUCUCGAUACCGUGUUCAAGGCCUCCGAGACGCAUGCGGAAGAGGCUCUUCUGGGCUUCUACAUUCGGGAAUGGGCCCGAUAUACGACGGCAGCCAAGUACAUCAACCACAUUUUCAAGUAUCUCAACCGGCACUGGGUAAAACGGGAGAUCGAUGAGGGAAAGAAGAACAUCUACGAUGUCUACACGUUACACCUGGUCAAGUGGAAGGAGGACUUCUUCAAGAAGGUGCAGGAGAAGGUGAUGGAGGCUGUUUUGAAUCUGAUCGAGAGGCAGCGUAAUGGCGAAACGAUUGAGCAAUCUCAGAUCAAGAACAUUGUCGAUUCCUUUGUAUCGCUGGGUCUGGACGAAAACGAUAGUUCCAAGUCGACGCUGGAAGUCUACAGGUACUACUUCGAGAGACCCUUCAUCGCGGCCACCCGGGUGUACUACGAGAACGAGUCGCGGCGUUUUGUGGCGGAGAACAGCGUGGUGGAAUACAUGAAGAAGGCAGAAGCUCGCCUGGAGGAAGAGAAGGCCCGUGUCGGACUAUACUUGCACCCAGAUAUUACCAAGCGCCUGACGGAUACCUGCUUGGAUGUUUUGGUGACGGCUCACUCGGGGUUGCUGCGGGAUGAGUUCCAGGUUCUGCUGGAUAAUGAACGACAGGAUGAUCUCGCUCGGAUGUACAGGCUGCUGUCGCGGAUAAAGGAUGGUCUGGACCCUCUGCGGACCAAGUUUGAAACGCAUGUCCGCAAGGCCGGUUUGGCGGCUGUGGAGAAGGUUGCAUCGGAGGGAGAGAACUUCGAGCCCAAGAUGUAUGUGGAUGCGCUCCUGCAGGUCCACACCCGUUACUCCAACCUGGUCGCUGCGGCCUUCGCAGGCGAGUCCGAGUUCGUACGAUCCCUGGACAAUGCCUGCCGCGAGUUCGUCAACCGCAACAAGAUCUGCAAGUCGAGCUCGACAAAGUCCCCCGAGCUACUGGCUCGUUACACAGACUCGCUUCUCAAGAAGGGUAGCAAGGCUGUCGAGGAGUCGGAACUGGAAGAAAUGCUGGUCCAGAUUAUGACUGUCUUCAAGUACAUCGAGGACAAGGAUGUCUUUCAGAAAUUCUACUCGAAGAUGCUGGCCAAGCGUCUGGUUCACGUGAGCUCUGUGUCAGACGAUGCGGAGACGAGCAUGAUCAGCAAACUGAAGGAAGCAUGCGGUUUCGAAUACACGAACAAGCUGCAGCGUAUGUUCCAGGAUAUUCAGAUCUCCAAGGAUCUGAACGCCAGCUACAGGGACUGGCAGGAUAAGGUCCUGGAUGAAGAGGACCGGAAGAAGUCAAUCGAUCCCCAUUUCCAGAUUCUUGGUACUGGUUUCUGGCCUCUGAAUCCCCCUUCUACCGACUUUAUGGCACCACCCGAAAUUGUCAAGACGGCAGAACGGUUCCAGAGCUUCUAUUUCGAUAAGCACAGCGGUCGUAAGCUGACCUGGCUGUGGCAGCUGUGCAAGGGUGAGAUUAAGGCAAACUAUAUCAAGAACACCAAGGUGCCAUACACCUUCCAGGUUUCCACCUUCCAGAUGGGUAUCCUUCUUCUCUACAACGAGCACGACACCCUGGAGUUCUCGGAGAUCCAGAAGGCGACUGCCCUGUCUAAUGAGAUUCUGGAACCUAACCUGAGCAUUCUGCUCAAGGCCAAGGUGCUCCUACCAUCUCCUGAAGGCGCAAAGCCUGGGCCAGGCACCUCGUUCUCCCUGAACUACAACUUUAAGAACAAGAAGAUCAAGGUCAAUCUGAACAUUCAGAUCAAGUCCGAGCAGAAGCAUGAGUCAGACGAUACCCACAAGACGAUAGAGGAGGACCGCAAGUUGUUGCUUCAGUCCGCAAUCGUGCGUAUUAUGAAGUCCCGAAAGAAGAUGAAGCAUGUCCAACUGGUCCAGGAGGUCAUCCAGCAGGUCAAGGCCCGUUUCCCACCAAAGGUGCCCGAUAUCAAGAAGAACAUCGAGGCACUCAUGGAGAAAGACUACAUUGAGCGAUUGGAUGGGGAUGAGCUGGCCUACAUUGCCUGA